CAUUGGUUGAAUCAAUGACGAUAUCUGUAUCCUCAUCAAACUCUCCUAAACCACAAAUCAUCACUGAGAUGAGCAAGGAUUUGCCAAGGAUAAUGCCUGUGUCCACAUCCACAUCGUGCAUGUUUAGGGUUUCACUGUGUCAAAAGAUCAAACAACCUAAUACACCAGAGAAAACCAGGAGGAAGAACCAGAAGAAAACAUACAAGAAGAAGAUGAAAGACGAGAAAGGAAAGAGAGGUUUCAUCAGACCCGGGUUGGUGUUUCCAGUUAAGAAGAUUACUUCUGUAAUUUCCGGUGCUUUCAGACGCAAGAAAACACUCAAAGUUGAAAACAGAGAACAGAGAGAUGAUUCUGAAAAAGAGACUACUGAAGCUGCUAAGACCAUGGCUGUUGUUAAAACAAAACCUAAGCAUUACUUACUUCAGAAGAAGAGUUUUUGGGGAAGCGCAAGAAUUGGACUGAAGAUACUCAUCAUAGGGCAAAGAUUGAAGACGAGGAGAAGAAAAAGAAGCGUAAGCUUCAGCGAGGGUAAUGGAGAUGAGGAGCUAUGCAAGAAGAGAAUACUAAUGGGUGAAAGAUGCAAACCGAUAAACCGGUCAGGUGUUUUGCAGUAUGAUGGUGAUGGGAUUCUUGUCCCCGAGCCAUGACCAUUGAUAGUCGUCAUAGUAUGUUGCUUAUCACAUCUUAAAUAGUCAAGAGUAUGUUUCUUACUUCUUGUCGAGAGAUGCAGAUAUAGUUGUUGUUGUCUUUUUUUUUUUUUUAUGCAGGUAUAGUUGUACAAACUUUAUUUCGUAUCAGUGUCAAUAUCUUAACAAUCUUUAAACUAAGGCUACAUUUGAAGAUCUAUUAACACUGCCUAAACCUUUGAUAGACAAUCCACAACAACACUAAUUAACUAAGACUAUCUCCAAUAUAUUUUGCUAAUUUUUUUCUACUUUUCUGUAAUAGCAUUGUUCAAAAUAUAAAGUUAUAAUAGAUUGCUAUUUCUUCUAUAAAUAGAGAAAAAUAGCAAUUUCUAUUAUUAUUUUUGGACAUCCGGUAGCAAUCUCUAUUUUAAAUAAAGAAAUAUCAAGAAAUUGGAGUGAAUUUACCUCUAAAUGAUAUUAUAAAGGCAAAAUUGUAAUGGGUCAGAAAUGCUCUAGACUGAAGGAAUAAUAUGGAGAGAUUUGAGAUUAAUUACAUGGAUUAUUAUGAGUAAAGCCAUUGUAGUUUGUUCAUCUUUGUAACUGUUCUGGAGUUUGGUUGCUUGUAGAGGAUGGUGACGUGUUGUUGAUGUUGUUAGGACUAGUCUUUUGUUCAAGAGGUGGAAAAAUCUCUGGCUUUUAUUGAUUCCCCUUGUUGGCUUUAGCCGCCGCUAAUUUCCCAAAUUACAAUGCCUUUGUGAAUUUUGUAAAUAGGUGUUCAUCCUUGCACAAGCUAAAGUUAAUUAUUCUUAGGGAUGAAAAUGAUCAGUCGUGUGUCACACGGUGGAUAGACUCUGUGGUUAAGCAUAAACUCAAGCAUCUUGAUGUUGAGUGUCACGUGAAGCGUUAGUGUUUCUAGAAGAGAUUCCCUUAAGCCUUUAUAUAUAUAUGUGACGAUUUAGCACUUGCCGAAUCAUAUUUUGUUGACCGCUACAAAAUGAAAUUUUAGGCAUAGGUUUACAAUCAGAUUGAGACUAUAGUCCCCAUUCUUCAAGCUAAUUUUUCGAUUUUUUUUUUUGAACUUGUAUGUUUAUAUGGUAGCUUGAGCAUACGCUAAAAAAACCGACCAUUUGCUGACUCAUUGAAGCCCUUUGACCAAGAAUUGAAGAUCUUUUGCUUCUUCCUGGUUUCUUCUCCAUCUCUCUAUAUAUUGUUCAUAAACAAAGCUCUUGUUACUUUCUGGUUCAACAUAUAUACAUCUAAGUUAUUCCGGGAGCGGAAACAUAUUAACGGAGCUCGGACUCAUCAAGCCAGGUAUGUUUGUUUUCGUCUCUCUCAGGUUAAUUAACUGACUAGCUGCGUUUCACUAGUUGAUAUUUAUGGGAUUCUUAUGCCCAAGUUGAUGGGCUCUUUGUGUCAUAGCAUCGUGCAACAUUCGAGUUUUCCAUUUUCAUACUGCAACGAGUUUUGUCUAUAUAAACUUUUAUGUGUGUGCUUACUUAUAUAUCCAUAGCUACGGGUCGCGUGUAGGUCCCGUGAUGACCUAACUCAUCAUGUGGUUCUCGAUUAAGGUCGGUUGCCGAAAUUGUAACUUCCCACUAGAAGUCUCCUGGUGGUAUGGUAGCCUAUGUUUCGCACGUCACGUGUUCAUGCAUUAUAGCUCAUAUAACUCAUUACCACGUAGGCUCUUAAAUUCAGAUCUAACGUUAAAACGUUUUAGUUACACAUAAUCGGUAAGAUUCGAAGAUCCUUUAGUAUUUUCCCUUUUUAGUAUGUUACUGUUUUCAAAUACACUAGAGUCUAGACGAUUAACCUUUAAAAAAAUGAAAGUUAGGUAUUCAUAUUCUACAAGCAGCCCAAUAGGCAAUGUCCAUUUUUAUGGUUUGAAUUUCAAGUAUCCAACCUAUCUUAUUUACUCAUAAUCUUUAUAUAUUUUUGUUUCUUAAGUCCAAAAUAUUUGAAACCAGUUUUGUUUUUAAAGAAUUUGUGUGCAUGAUUGUUGCCGACAUAUUGGGGAUUCAUCCAACGAACCAAUACAGUGUUUGUUGUUUUCUUAUGUCCCAUCACACCGAAAGACUACGGGGUCACAC